CAAAAUCUACAAACAAUUGUUUAAUAUUUUAGCACACAGUCUUCAAACGUUUCUAUAAAUUGUUGCAGAAGGGUGGCACAAAUAGAUACACAUGCAUAAAGAUAUGGAACUCUUUAUCUUCUUUUUAUCUAUUUGCCUGUGUCUCUUGCUCAAACCACUCCUCUCUCUUCUUCUUCCAUCCUCAAAAUCCACCACCAAGCAUCUCCCACCAGGACCUUCAAGAAUUGCCUUCUUGGCCAGCUUUGUUUUCCUACGAAAAUCAUUUUUUGAAUUCGGACCCAUCAUCUCUAACCUACGCCGGAAAUAUGGGCCUCUUAUCACCGUUCAUCUUGGUUCUAGCCCCACCAUUUUUAUCACCAACAACACUCUUGUCCACCAAGCUCUCGUCCUGAAUGGGGCCACAUUCGCCGAUCGCCCUAAAUCCAUUCACAACCUGACUGCUAGCCAUUCCUGGAAAAUCAUUAGUAAUUCUCCUUAUGGAUCGACUUGGCGUGCCCUGAGGCGUAACCUUACAGGGGGAGUUCUCCAUCCUUCUCAGCUCAAGUCCUUUUCACAUGCUCGAAAGCGAGUUUUAGACAAUUUAAUUGCAGGUCUUGAACAUGAUUCUAAGGAUAACAAGGCUAUCUAUGUAGCGGAACAUUUUCGGUAUGCAAUAUUCUCCUUGUUGGUUCUCCUGUGUUUUGGAGAUAAUAUUGAUGACAAUCAAAUGAAAGAAAUUGAAGUUGCACAAAAGGAGUCUUUCUUGAGCUACCAGCGAAUGAAAUUGUUCUUUAUCAUGCCAAAGUUGGGGAAGUUCUUCUUCAGAAAGCUAUGGAAUGAGCUCAAUAACGCUAUGAUUAAUUGUAACAAUGUUUUCCUCUUCAUGGUAAGAUCAAGAAAGCAAGAAAUUAGCGCAAGGAAAAAUCAAGAAAGCCUUUCCUACGUUGAUACAUUGCUAGAUUUUCAGCUUCCGGGAGAGGAGGGGACUCUUGCAGAAAACCAUAUAGUGGGUUUGUGCAGUGAAUUUAUCACUGCAGGAACCGAUUCAACAACUAGUGCAUUGCAAUGGAUCAUGGCAUGCAUAGUUAAGUACCCAUCUGUUCAAGCCAAGGUCUAUGAAGAAAUGAAAGCAGUUCUAGGGCAAGAAAAUCAAUGGGUUCAAGAAGAUGAUUUGCAAAAGAUGCCGUACUUGCGAGCGGUGAUUCUUGAAGGUUUACGGCGCCAUCCGCCAGGAUAUGCUCCGGCCACGCCGCAUGCAGUGACGGAAGAUGUAGAAUUGGGUGGCUACACUUUACCCAAAGGCACUGCAGUGAACUUCUUGAUACCAGAUAUAGGGAGAGAUCCAAAUGUUUGGGAACAUCCAUUAGAGUUCAAGCCUGAAAGACUCUUGAAAAGCGAUGAUACUAGUGAAGAUGAUAGUUUUGAUAUAACAGGAAAAGGAGAGAUUAAAAUGAUGCCAUUUGGUGCAGGAAGGAGAAUUUGCCCUGGUAAUGGGGUGGCAAUGCUUCAUUUGACAUACAUCGUAGCCAAUUUGGUCUGGCAUUUCGAGUGGUCGCCACCGGAUGGGGAAGAAGUUGAUUUGACAGAGAAAUAUGAGAUCACCAUAUCAAUGAAGCGUGCACUCAAAGCUUGCUUAUCUCCUCGAUUUAAGUAACUCAAGUUGGAAAGCAUGCUUUCUUAUAAGUAUAUAUAAUAAGAAACAGGCCAAUCACUUCUGUUUAGAGCCAGGUUACAUUAUGAUUUGAACUUACUUCCAUUCCAUGCAUAUAUUGUUAAUAAAAAGGGUUAAUUACUAAAUCAA